CCCUGCCUCCCCAAGUCGACAUGCACCCCGACUAUGACCUGCGCCCAAGGAAAACCAUGCUUGGGCCAAUGCAUUGCGAUACCCACUCCGCCUCCAUCCGCGACCCCAUGCACCGUCGGGAACGACAAGCCCUGCCUCCCCAAGUCAACAUGCACUCCGACUAUGACUUGCGUCCAUGGAAAGCCAUGCCUGGGCCAAUGCAUUGCGACGCCUACUCCUACUCCUACUCCAUCCGAGACGGCAUGCAAGGUCGGGGAUGAGAAGGCUUGCCCCCCAAAAUCAACAUGCACCCCGACCACGAGCUGCGCCCCUUGGAAACCAUGCUUUGGCAAAUGCGGGAAACCAUGCUUUGGCAAAUGCGUCCCUACGCCUACUCCAACUAAAACGAGCACUCCACCUCCCUCAAGCACUCCACCUAAAUCGACCACUCCCGCUCCAACCAAGACGUGCAGGCCUGCACCCCCUAAGAACUGCAUCGUUGGAAACGACCAUCCUUGCAAGACGCACUCGACCUGCAAGCCCACUGAAGCGUCCACCCGAGGCAAGCCGUGGAAGGGCCAGUGUAUUGCGGAGCCGACUGGGGGCCGCAAUGGCAAGAAGUGUGGUUGUGAUCGGGACAAGGACUGCGAGGACUGGGAGAAGUGUGAGGAUGGAGAAUGUGAGAAUAAGGAACAAGGUAAAGACCAGGGUAAAGAUCAUGGUAAUGAUCACGGUAAUGAUCACGGUAAUGAUCAUGGUAAUGAUCAUGGUAAUGAUCAUGGUAAUGAUCAGGGCAAUCAUCAGGGCAAUCAUCAGGGUAAUGAUCAGGGUAAAGGUCCAUGGUAGGUGAGGCAUGUUAGGAAAAGGAAGAAGCGGUAGGUAAUGCGUUGAAAGACUAUGUAAUGGGGAUGAAACAGAAGGGAACGUGGGUUGUGAGUGAGGAAAAGCAAGGGGAUGCUUCUUUGGUUGGAAUCGUUCCUCCAUCCUAAUCACUGCUUUUUGCAGUUCUCGCUCCUUUUUUGGUUAGCAGGUCUGUUGGCAUGAUCGGAUUUCUGAAAUCAACGUCAAAGUUGUAAGACCUAGUAUCGCUCCCAAGAAAUUGAAGUAGAUAAAGUGGAGAGUUUGAAUAUAUUUUCCCAAAUUUCAUUCAA